UGUUGUCUGGGCGGAUUUAAACAGUCAAGUAAAACCAAGCUGAGUAAUCAUGGCAGAAGGCAGAUUCGAUCCCUGUGAAUGCAUUUGCUCCCAUGAACAUGCAAUGAGAAGGCUGAUCAAUCUGCUGCGGCAGUCCCAGUCCUACUGCACAGACACAGAGUGUCUCCAGGAAUUGCCAGGACCCUCUGGUGAUAAUGGCAUAAGUGUUACUAUGAUCUUGAUGGCCUGGGUGCUUAUUGCAGUGAUCUUGUUCUUACUGAGACCUCCUAAUCUAAGAGGAUCCAACCUACCCGGAAAGCCAACCAGUCCUCAUAAUGGACAAGAUCCACCAGCUCCUCCUGUGGACUAACUUUGUGAUACGGGAAGUGAAAAUAGUCAACACCUUCCACGACCAAUUGAACGAAGAUGACCAGAGUACUCUUAACCCCAUUAGAACUGUUUUUCCUUUUGCAUCUGCAAUAUGGGAUGGUAUUGUUUUCAUGAGCUUCUGAAAUUUCACUUGCAAAUUUAUUUUUGCUUCCUGUAUUAUCACCAUUCCUAUCUACAGUAUAUUUGAGUAAAUGAUUAUAUUAAAAGAUACAUGGGGUUUUUUGGUUGUCCUAAACUUAAACAUUCCACUCAUUCUGUUUGUAACUGUGAUCAUAAUUUUUUGUGGUGAUUUCUGGCCUGAUUGAAGGAAAUUUGAGAUAUCUGCACUUAAAUAUUUUAAAUAAUUUUGAUAGGUUU